CAUUUAUUGUUUACUUUUGCUGUUCAGGAACGAGAAUAAGGCCAAGCAAGAAAACAUAGGUAUCGAUUAUUAGCUCUCGCCCUAGUUAUUACUUAAUUUUUCUCUAAACAGCAACCAAAUGUCUUCAAUCAUGCAGAAGUGUAAUGAUGACAAUAUUCCGCUUGCUGACGAUGAUCCCCAAGUGAUUAUUACGGAUGACGUAGAGAACAAUCAUUUAGAUCACGGACGGUCAAUGGAUUCUUUACCUAGUUCGUACACAGGGGGCUCCUCCAGCCCAGGUUUGAAUGGUCCUCCGAGUUUCGAACCUGAUUCGGGAAUUGAUGAACAAGAAGAGAAGGCUCGCUUGAUAUCACAAGUGUUGGAAUUGCAAAAUACUUUAGAUGAUUUAUCACAAAGGGUGGACUCAGUCAAAGAAGAAAAUCUGAAGCUACGUUCAGAAAACCAAGUUCUAGGGCAGUACAUUGAAAAUUUGAUGUCGGCCUCUUCAGUAUUCCAGUCUACAACAGCAAAUGCUCAUAAGAAGUAGACUUAUUGCCUUUACACCAUUAUAUAUAACCAAAUUAAAAACUGGGCAACUCUCACAAAUGAUAAGCCUUUUAAGAUUUUUUUCUCACAUUGGCAUACUACCACCUUAUUUUAUUGAUUUUUAUUUUGUUAUGAAAAACAUAAGAAUUCAGAGCAAAAACGGAAAAAUGAACUUAGAUGCAUGCCAUGGAGUCGAGACUGAUUGGAGUUGUGAUGAAUCAAAGGGCAUCGCACAAUUAUUGGGGCCAAGCUAGGUAGGCCAGCCUUACAAAUUAUUUUUGUAAUGAAAUCAGUUUUGCUUUUUACAGAAACGCAAUGAAAUGAUUCCUAUUUUAAAAACUUUAUUGUUUUAUUGAUAUUUUUAAUGCUGUAAAUGGAAUUUAUUGAAUAGUUUCUUUCUGUACAUUCCGAUUUGAUUGCAUUGUUGCACUAAUAUAUCUUUGUAAGUCAGUAUUUUAUAAAAGCUCUCUUCUAUAAUAUCAAUCAACUUGCAAUGUUUAGUAAAUGCUUUUGAAGAACUUAAUAAAAUUAAUAUAACACAUUAUAUAAUAUGUUUAU